AUGUCGCACCUCGCGACGGCCGGCGACCGCACGGACGCGGACCACGCCAUGACCAUGAACAUCGUCGAACGCGUGCUCCAGUCCAACCCGCUCAUGGAGAGCUUCGGUAACGCCAAGACGUCGCGCAACGACAACUCGUCGCGCUUCGGCAAGUUCAGCGAGCUCCAGUUCAACGCCGAAUGCCAGCUCGUUGGCGCGCGCUGCAACACUUAUUUACUUGAAAAAUCCCGCGUCUCGACGCACGGCAAGGGCGAGCGCAACUACCACAUCUUUUACCAGCUCCUCGCGGCGCCCGAGACGAUCCGCACGCAGGUCGAGCUCCACGAGACAGAUCCGAUGGCGUUCCCGUUCCUUCGCGGCACGUCGGCGAACGGCGAGGACGUCAUGACCGAACUGGACGCCGAGUACUUUGGCCGGACGCUCACGGGCCUCACGACGCUGGGAAUUGCCGAAGCCGAUCAAAUCUCGGUGUUUGGCAUUGUCUCGGCCAUCUUGCACCUCGGCCGCGUCGAGUUCAAGGGCGACGAGGCCUCGAUGAUUGCGACGCCGGCCACCGUGGCCGCGGUUACCAAGCUCCUCGGGUUUACCGCAUCGGACUUUGAGCAGAGCUUGUGCACGCGCCAAAUGGCCGCGGGCCUCGAUUCGUACACGGUGCCGCACACGAUGGAGCAAGCGACGAGCGCGCGUACAGCCUUGUCCGUCGCGCUGUACAGCAAGCUGUUUGAUUGGCUCGUCACGCAUAUCAACGCGUCGACGUCGUCCAAGAUGCACGUGAGCCACCGCAUUUGCAUCCUCGAUAUCUUUGGCUUUGAGAUUUUCGAAAACAACUCGUUCGAGCAGCUCUGCAUCAACUACGCCAACGAGAAGCUGCAGCAAAAGUUCACGCAAGACGUCUUCAAGUCGAUCCAGAACGAGUACGAGGAAGAGGGCAUCCCGUGGACCAAGAUUGAUUUUGCCGACAACGUCAAUGUGCUCGAGCUCAUUGAAGGCCGCUUUGGUCUUCUUGCGCUCCUCAACGAAGAGUGCAUGCGGCCCAAGGGCAGCGACUCGGCGUUCACGAACAAGCUCUCGGCACACUACAACGACAACGACCGGUUUGAGAUUCCUCGCCUGCGCCGCAACUGCUUUGCGAUCACGCACUACGCCGGCUACGUCUCGUACGAAACCUCCGGCUUCCUCAUCAAGAACACGGACGCGCUCCAGAAGGAUGUGCUCAGCCUCUUGUACCGUUCGUCGUCGCCGUUCAUCAACACACUCUUCCCGGCGCCGGCCGAGAACAAGACGGCCGUCAUGACCCACCGUCUUCGCCGGUCCAACUCGAUUUUGGCCGACUCGGUCGGUACGCAGUUCAAGUCGCAGCUCAACGCGCUCAUGGAGGACAUUCGCCGCACGCAUGUCCAGUACGUGCGCUGCAUCAAGCCCAACAGCAACAAGAGCCCGCACAGCUUCUCCAAGGGCCGUGUCGCGUCGCAGCUCCAGUGCGCCGGUGUUGUUGAGGCCGUUCGCAUUAGCCGCAUGGCAUUCCCGAACCGCCUUUUGCAGCAAGAUUGUCUCCAGCGCUUCCGCCUUCUCUUGGCCAAGUCGUCGGCGUGCGACUCGGACGACGACGAGGUCAACCAGUGCGCACAGCUCCUGAACCAGCUCCUGACAGAGUCGGACUUUCAGCUCGGCAAGUCGCGCGUCUUCUUCCGCGCCGGCGCGCUUGAGCGUCUCGAAGACCUCCGCACGCGCCAGCGCGACGCGAGCGCGGUCAUUCUCCAGCGUGUUGCACGCCAAUGGGCGGCGACCACUCACUACCGCAAGGCGCGCAAGGCUGCGAUCGUGCUCCAGUCGUACACGCGCAUGUUCCUCACGAGCCGCCGGUACCGUGCGAUGCGCCUGGCGGCGAUCACGCUCCAGUGUGCCGUGCGCUGCUACAUGGCCAACGCCGUUGUGCAUGGCAUGCGCCAGACCAAGGGCGCGCUCAAGCUCCAAGCGACGUUCAAAAUGCACAUCGCGUACACCAAGUACAUGCGCGUGCGCAACGCGAGCAUCAAGAUGCAGUGCCUCGUGCGCGGCUUCAUUGCCAAGAAGGGCUACGCGCGUCUUCUUGUGCAGGCCAAGGAAGAAGCCAAGCUCGAGAACCAGAUCCAGCGGCUCAAGGACCGCCUGAAGGAGGAGAAGGCGCGCGCCGAUCAGCUCAGCCGCCGUGCGAGCAUGGUCGGCAGCGUGCCGCUCGACAUUGAGCUCGAAGGCGCGAGCGGUCUCAUCGACCAGCUCCGCGCCGAGAUGGCGCUGCUCAAGGACGCGAAUGCGCAGCUCAAGGUCCACAACAUGCAGCUCAAGAAGGAGAAGGAGGGCAUGGAGCGUGGCGCGUAUGUCAACGGCGCGUCGUUUGCGGCCGCCAACCAGCGCGCGGUCAAGCUCCAAGAAGAGGUCGAGUUCCUCAAGAUGGCGCACGCGCGCAUCAAGGACACGCACAAGACGCUGCGCAUGCAGAACACGGCCAGCAUGGAGGGCAUCCACCAUCUGCAAAUGGAGCUCCACAAGGCGGUCUGCGAGCGCAACGCGCUGCAGCAGAGCCACAUGGCGCUCCAGACGCACCUCGGCACGCUCGAAGCCAACAACUCGGAGCUCACCAAGGUGAACGCGCGUCUCCGCCUAAUCCUUCGCCAGGACCCGGAGCUGAACCGCAACAGCCGCGAAGAGGUCGCAGGCAUGAUGAAGAACGUGCGCCAAGCUCAGGAAGCGCGGGCCAAGCCCGCCGUGCCGACCUUUGCGUCCGUGACGGCGGCGUCGCUUAUCAAGCCCGUCGCUGUCUUGCAGCCCGAGGUCACGGCCAUCAUGAUCAAGGCGAACCAGAUGCCCAAGAAGCCCAAGGGCCUCUCGAACCGCGUCAUCAACCUUGCCGAAUCGGUCAAGGAAGAGAACGAGAAGGAGGGUGUCCGCCAGCCCAAGGGUGUCGACGGGCCGCUGCCGUCGCCCGGCAAGGUCAUGGGUCUUGUCGAGUCCGACGACGAAGGAGAUGAGAAGGUGAGCUUCCGCGUCACGCUUGUCGACGUUGCCGAAGAGCCGCCGGUCCCGACGGCGGCGCAGGUCGUCAAGCGCGUCGCGGUUGGCCCGCCGACGAUGGUCAACGGUCGCCAGCCGCCGCCGCCGCCGACCAACAACAUGAACAACAACAAUGGAUGGAAGACGCAAACAAGCAGCCGCGCGCGUAGCAACUCGAGCCAGACCAAGAGCCGUCCGCGCACCAACUCGCGCGAGAAGGACGAAUCGCGCCAGCGUGGCCAGGCACAGCGCCAGCAGUCGCCUCCGUACCAUCGCCGCGGGAGCUCGACGAGCCUCGGCAACGCCCCUGGUGGCAACUUUCGCCGGAGCGGCUCGAGCAGCGUCAACAGUGCCGACGGCCACCCGCCGCAACGCUCCAUGGGCCGCGGCGGCCGUCACGUCGAGCUGUAA